AUGGGAAGCUUUUGGGCAAAUCCUGAAGUUUGGAGUAUUCUUACCACCGUAGUUCUUCAGGAUGGCCCUUUUUGGGCGAUGAGAAUGUACAUCAUCAUUGGAAGAAAUGUUGUUCACCCGACAAUCUUGUUUUUCACCAUUAAAAAUGGACUCGUGUUAAUGUUAGAGACUUACAGAUUAGCUAUAAUCGCUACUACUAAAGACGACGAUAAUGGGGACGACGAAGAAUUGCAAGAAGAAGAUUUCUUAGAAGAUGAUGAUUUGCCUAUUCAGAAACCUCGGAAAAAAUCAAAGAAAGAGGUAAAUGCAGAUAAAGAAGAAGAAGUUUCUCCUCCAAAGAAAAAGAAGAAUAAAAAGAAAAAGACCCCCUUAGAAGAUAAUGACCCGCCAACCGAGAAACCAAAGAAAAAAUCAAAGAAAUCAGAAGUAAAUACCGUUGACGAACAAGUCUCGACUCCGAAGAAAAAGAAGAUCUUUGACUACGAUGCAAGAAACUAUGUUUGUGCAUCUUGGUAUCCAAGAGGCACUCGUUGUGUUUGGGACGUUACAUUCGACCUUGGCGCGAAAACAAUGAGUUACUCGGCUUCUCUGAUCUCUGGGAAGGAUGGUUCGACGACUUCUGGUGGAGUAUCGGGAGGCUCUAAAAUCAGUCUGAAAACUAGUGAAACCGAUGCAGAGACUUACCGAGGCGCCAAACUGAAUUUCUACCAUGCCUUCAAUUGUGAUUCUGACUCUUGUGAGUACGUCAAGGCUGCCGGUGGAACUGUUUAUGACCUCCUUGAUUUCAACAAAGCCGAGGGAGGUUCUAAACUUGGUUCUUUUACAGUCGAUAUAUCAGUAAUAACAGUAGAUCCCCUUGCGUCAAUUACAACUGUUUCUACGAUCUUGUAUUCGAUAUAA